AUGAUAAAUAACCACACGAUGGUGCACAGUGGUGCGUUAGUUUCGCACUAUCUGCUGCGACCAUUAUCAACCGCUGCUGCCGCCGCAGUCGCCCUCGCCGCGACCGUACCAUUUUUAUCGUCAGCACUCGGACCCAGCAGCGAUCCGCAAUCAGAGCAGCGGCCACUAUCCUUAAGCGUGACGUCGUCGCUCGUAUGUGAACGUCCUAGAGCAUCGUAUUCGUCGUCGUCGUCCGUAGUGUUAGCGUAUCGGGCGAUACUAAAUUCAACGUCAAUUCCAGUCGUGUCGGAAGGACACUUUGCCUCUGCUGUAGCAUCACCAUCACCACCACUAGACAAUAGUAACGGCAGUGAUCGAGACGUGCCGAAAGAUACAAGCGCAUCUCGAGCGCCUACGCCUUCACCCUUAUCAACGAAGAGCUCCUGUAACAGCGACCCCCCCACUAGUUCGUUGCGUUGGUCGCUUAGUUCAAAUUCCGUGUUCGAAACUCUUCACCUGAACUCCUAUCAUCAUCAUCACAAUCGGGGACUAGAGCAUCUACCUUAG